CCGCGGAUAGCGAGUCGCGAAUCGCGAACUGUCAAGUGCAGCAGUUGUUUCAGUGCACAGCCUGCUUUCUACUGGAGUGUUACGCGGUUUAGCGCUUCGCACAAACAACUGCAAUUUCAUGAUCUCGUUCUUUUUGUAAACAAAAGAUGAACUGACGGAAAAGUGAACAUUUUUUUGUUAUGCGGACGAAGGGUUAAUUUGAUUUUUUGUGGUGUUUUAAUUUGUUUGUAGUGAACAAAAUGUAUUUUGGACGUGUUUUUUGCAUUUUUGCCUAUUUGGUGACUUUUGUUUAUUGCGAAGGGUAUUAUCAGGUUUUGGGGCCCAGGAUUAUACGGCCCAAUAGCGAAUUCCACUGCGCCAUCAGUAUCCAGUAUACGUCGGAACCUACGCAGAUAACAUGCGAGUUGCAGGGUAGUUCUCUAAAUGGGACGCCUUUUUUCAACCAGGAUCAAGUCGUGGUCAACCCUUACACAUCCAGAUUUUGCCGCUUAGAGGUGGGCGACCUGGAGGACGGUGACUAUAAACUUCAAAUCCGAGGCAAUGGAGGCGUUGAUUUUCUUGACGACUUUCCGUUGGAAUUUGUCGACAAAAGUUACACGGUUUUCGUGCAAACGGACAGAGCAGUUUACGAACCAGGCACUACAAUCCUUUUUAGAGCUAUUGCCUUGAAUUCGCAGCUAAAACCAGCUGCCGAAGUCAGGAAUGAACUCUUACAUAUUCAUAUUUCAGAUGGACAAGGAAACAGGGUAAAAGAAUGGACACGUGUGGAAGCAACCAGGGGCGUAUUUACAGGGGAAUUAAAACUAAGUGAAAGUCCUGUCCUAGGCAAUUGGAACAUAUCUGUUACAAUACAUGGUCAAACAUACAGCAAAAAUGUGGAAGUUGCUGAUUACGUCUUGCCUAAAUUUAUGGUUGACAUUCAAGCCCCCAAGCACGUUACUUUCAGAGAUAAUAUAAUUUUAGUCAAUAUAGAUACAAAGUAUGGUUACGGUAAAAAAGUUACAGGUGAAGCGACUGUAACAGCUUUCCCGACGAUCUACUCUGGAGUUAUACAACCGAUCUUCCAAAACCCAGUAAGAAAAGUUAUCCCCAUAGAUGGACAAGCCACUGUGCAAUUUGAUAUCGCAAACGAAUUAAAUUUGAAUGAUGAAUAUGAAAGAACUGUAAUAUUAGAUGUUACAGUGGAGGAAUUUCCGACUGGAAGAAGACAAAACAAUAGUGUACAAAUACAACUACACAAAUACGACUACAAAAUGGAACUAAUCAAGACCGCUGACUAUUUUAAGCCCGGUCUAAAAUACACUGCGUACGUUAAAGUAUCUAAUCAUGAUGGAACUGCAUCAAAUAUUGACCAACAAGAAAUAACGGUGAAUCACGGUUAUUCCCGCCAAGAUGAAGUCUACGAAACCACAAAACACAAGCUAGACAAAAGCGGCAUAGUAAAACUAGAAUACUACACUCCAAUUAACGUAACAAACACCACAGCUCUAAGAAUCGAAGCUGAAUACAAAGACCUAAAAGAGAGAAUAUCACCAAUACCAGCUGCCGUCUCGUACAGCAACACGUACUUGCAAGUGAGCCUUGAUACCGAACGACCAAUAGUAAACCUCGACGUUGAAGUGAUGGUGAAUUGCACUGAACCAAUGAGAUACGUUAAUUAUGUUCUCAUGGGUAGAGGUGAUGUUUUAAUAACAAAUACUUUCCAAGUUGAUAAUAGCAAGGAGUUUAGGUUCCAUUUUACUGCAAUACACGCUAUGGUGCCUGUUACGCAUUUGAUUGUUUCGUAUGUCAGGAAAGAUGGGGAGAUGAUUGCUGAUGCCCUGGAUAUUGAGAUUGAUGGCCUUUUGCAGAACUUCCUCGAUAUCCAAGUAAAUACAGUGGAAAGUGAACCAGAUCUAGACGUAGAAAUGAUUAUAAGAGCCCAACAAAACUCCUACAUAGGUUUACUCGCCGUGGAUGAAAAUGUUGGAGCUUUGAGAUCCGGUUAUGAUCUAACGCAGAGAGAAAUAGCUAAUGAACUACUUAAGUAUGAUAUUGCCAGAGGAACGCCAUAUUCCUACAUUCAAAAAGAUGCCAAAACACACUUUAUGUGGAAACCUGGACAGAGUAAUCCACAUGCAGCAAUAUAUGAAUCAGGAGCUGAUCUUCUGACGAAUGCUCAUGUUAAUAGAUACAGGCCUACUUUGGAAGACAUUUAUUUACGCCCAGUAUUCUACGGAACUGCCACUGUAAAACCCGACAGAGGUUUUGUUUUACCAAUUCAUUCAGUAACCAGACCGCCACUAGCAGGUCCUUAUGCCUUUAGUAGGAUACCAAAACCAGUAUGGAAUAAACCAAAAGUCUACCUCACUCAUGAUAUAGCAAACACCUGGUUGUUCAAUAACUUUUCAUCUGGAUACGAAGGAAAAACAUCAAUCAGGCGAAAAAUCCCAAGCACUUUGAACUCUUGGUCUAUCACUGGGUUUUCUCUGGAUCCUCUUCAUGGAUUGGGGUUGAUUACUUCACCAAAGAAGCUUAAAGUUUCUAAAUCUUUUGUUGUUUCACUCGAUUUGCCGCAUUCAGUGCAAAGGGGAGAGAUAUUGGCUGUACCAGUGGUUGUUUAUAAUCAUUUGGGACAAGACAUUAAUGUGGAAGUAACUUUGCAUAAUCCUGAACAAAAGUUUGAGUUUGCAGAGAUUUCUAAUGAUGUUAAUGCUACAAGAAAAAUUGAACUAUAUAGGAGAAAGAAGGUUUAUGUUAAGAAGUAUAAUGGUGCUUCAGUAUCUUUCAUGAUAACACCAAUAAAACAAGGUUCCAUUGAGAUCAAAGUUACGGCUAAUAGUCCAAAGAAUCAGGAUGUCUCAAUGAAGAAUUUACUUGUCGCGACUGAGGGUGAACCAGAAUAUUACACGAAAACUUUACUGAUAGAUCUCAGAAAUUCCGGAGAAUUUAAAAAGAACAUCACAAUUGAAAUUCCAAAGAAUGCAGUGGAAGGAUCUGAAUCAAUAGACGCUUCUGCAGUUGGUGACCUCUUAGGUCCAACUUUAAUACAUUUGGAAGAAUUGAUAAGGCUACCAAAUGGCUGUGGGGAGCAAAAUUUAGGCAGAUUUAUGCCCAACUUAAUUAUUUUACAGUAUUUAAAGACUACUAGACAACUCACACCCACCAUUGAGAAUCAGGCUAUUAGUAUUUUGGAGACAACAUAUCAAAAACAACUCUCCUUCAAAAAACCUGACGGUUCCUUUAGUGCUUUUGGUACUAGGGAUACAGAAAGCAACGUAUGGGUUACUGCCUAUGUAGCUAUGGCUUUCCAUCAAGCUAGACCAUAUAUUUAUGUGGAUCAAAGUAUUAUUGAUAAAUCCCUGGACUGGCUUGUCCAAAUCCAAGGGAAAAAUGGAAGUUUUGUUGAAACUGGAAAUGUAAUUUACAGCGAAAUGGAGAAUAAGAAUGGUAACAGUUUGGGUCUUACUGCCUUCGUGGUAACAGCGUUUUUGGAGAACCAGAGCGGUUUAAGAGGUAAAUACACUAACACAAUCAACAAAGGUCUGGAUUACAUCGCAAGAAACAUAGACGAAAGCCAAUCGACAUACACCAUAGCAUUAUGCAGCUAUGCCUUACACUUAGCCAAACACACUUCAAAGCAAAGCGCCUUCAACCUUUUGGAUGCACGUUCCAAAACUAAAGACAACAAAAAAUGGUGGGCGUUGGAUACGCCGACCAAUGAAACUAGAAACCCUUGGACGAAGCUGCCUAGAUCUGUUGACAUAGAAACCACAUCGUACGCUUUGUUGACUUUCCUUGAAGCCAACCUAUUGGAUGAUGCUAUUCCAGUGCUUACUUGGUUAUUAGAUCAGCAAAAUAGUUUGGGCGGUUUUUCAAGUUCCCGUGACACCGUUGUGGGUUUGCAAGCGUUGUAUAAGUUGGUUACUAAAUUGUCUGCAAAUACGAAUAUGCAAAUAGAUUUUACGUACAGGAAGCAAGAGUUUAAUAAGUUUAAUGUUAAUAGGCAGAAUGCUAUGAUACUACAAACUGUGCCUCUUCGCAAAGAUGCCAGGGUUAUCAACGUUACAGCUUCAGGAAGUGGUUUAGGAAUAUUUAGGGUUUCUUACCGAUACAAUAUGAAUGUUACUGGCCCUUGGCCCAUGUUCACCCUGGAUCCACAAGUGGACAAAAAUUCACACAGACAUCAUUUGCAGGUUUCUAUUUGCACUGCAUUUGUGUCUAAAAACCUUAGUGACAGCAUGGAAAGCAAUAUGGCGGUUAUGGAAGUAACACUACCUUCAGGAUUCACCGCAGAUACUGACGCCUUACCCAGCCUGGAAGUUUCCCAAAAUGUUCAGAAAGUGGAGACUAGGGAUAGUUUAACUAAAAUUAUUUUGUAUUUCAAUAAUAUCACACGAUUGGAGUAUUGUCCUACUGUGUCCGCCUUUAGAACUCACAAGGUUGCCAAACAGAAACCUGUUCCUGUUGUAAUCUAUGAUUACUAUGAUACCUCUCGUCGUGCCAGAGUAUUUUACAGGGGUCCCAGAAACACACUCUGCGACAUCUGUGAGGGCGAAGAUUGUGGCGACAUUUGUACUACCGAAGCUGAAGCUGACCCGCUUUUGGAUGGAGAAAGCCGACAACUCCAAGAUGGCGACGGAGGUGCUGUCAUCCAAUCCUCCGGUUGGCUUUUACUUUUGACUGUUUUAGCGUAUUUUUAUUACUAAACUUUCACCUAAUUUUUGUUUUGUUUUGUACAUAAUUUUUCCAAGAAUUGCCAUGCCUUUAUUAUAAGUAUAUAAUUCUUACAAAAUAUAUUUUGCAAGAAUGUUUAACAGACUGUUUGUUUAGUCGAUUUAGUAACAACUGUGAUUUUUUGGACGUAUGAAUUUGUUACCUAACUAUUAUUAAUAAGAUUUUAAUAAUAAUAUAUUUUAAUACCUA